AUGUAUCAGCCAGCACUAGCAGGCAAGGAGAAGGCCCUAGGUCUGGAUCAUACGUCUACUCUUGGUACAGUCAACAGCAUUGGCAAUCUCUACAAAGAUCAGGGCAAGCCAAAAGAGGCCGAGGAGAUGUACCAGCGAGCACUAGCAGGAUAUGAGAAGGCCUUGGGUCCAGAUCACAUGUCUACUCUCAAUAUAGUCAACAACCUUAGUCUUCUCUUUUCCAAUCAAGGCAAGCUGAAGGAGGCAGAGGCGAUGUACCAGCGAGCACUAGCAGGCUAUAUGAAGGCCCUAGGUCCAGAUCAUAUAUCCACUCUCAAUACCAUCAACAACCUUGGCAACCUCUACUAUGAUCAGGGCAAGCUAAAGGCGGCAGGGAAGAUGUACCAGCGAUCACUGGCAGGCUAUGAGAAGGCCCUAGGUCCAGAUCAUACAUGCACUCUCAAUACCGUUAACAACCUUGGCAACCUCUACUCUGAUCAGGGCAAGCCAAAAGAGGCCAAGGCGAUGUACCAGCGAGCACUGGCGGGAUAUGAGAAAGCCCUGGGUCCAGUCCACGCUAGGACCCGGCGAAUUGCAGAGAUGUUGAAUGCAUUAAGCGUUGUAGAUAGGAAAUAG